UCUGCUUCCGAGGUCAAGGAAAGGCGACCCGGGCUGGAUCGGCGUCCUUGCGGCCUGUGGUGGAGGUGGGAGAAGCUGCGGCGGGUUCCACAGCAGCCAUGGUGGCCUAUUGGAGGCAGGCAGGACUCAGCUACAUCCGAUAUUCCCAAAUCUGUGCCCAGGCAGUAAGAGCUGCACUAAAGCCACAAUAUAAAGCAGAGGCAGAGAAGGCAGCAGGAGCCAAUGUAAAAAUAGUGAAACCCAAAAAAGAAUGAUAUGCAGGAGCUGAGCUAUAACAGGCAAAAUGAAGGCUGUACAACGCAUCUUCUCUGUGCUCUGUGGAAGUUCUCUGCAAUUAUGUAAAUCAUCAUGCUAAUAAAUGGAAUUUCUUGAAAACGCU